CCUGACACUCUCCUCCUAUCAAGUCAACCGUUCCUUUCAGUGGAGAAAGAUCUCACUGCGUAACACGGCUCUCAAACCAGAAGGGCGACGGAAUCCCUUCAUCGUCCCGCCGAACAAUCCGUCAAUACCUUUCUUUCUUCCUCCUUCCUCGCAUCUGCGACGCCUUACUGGAUAAAGCCAGACGACUAGCGUGAAGAUCUGGGGAAAUGUAUCCUCCCUCCGGACAGGAUAAGAACCAAGCGGCGGGACCACUGGUUCCGAUUCCCAAAUGUCCAUAUGUCAAAGCGCGCUUUUCACCAAACAACUAUGGACCAAUCGUUUCCGUGACAGUCGGAAAAGCCGAAAUGCAAUUCCAUAUCCACAGGGGACUCCUUACGUAUUACUCCUCCUAUUUCAAAGCGACCCUCAGCCAAAACUGGAAGGAAGGAAAAGAAAAUGCCAUCAAACUGCCAGACGACAACCCAGAGGCAUUUAAAGUUUUCUUCCACUGGGUCGACACUGGCUGCCUCUACGGUGCCCUUGGUCCCAACGGAAAAAUUCCGCUCGGGUAUCAGCUCAUUUGCGAGACGUACGUCUUUGCAGAUGCCCGCAUCAUCCCACAGCUCUGCAAUGCUUGCAUUGAUGCACUGUGGCAGACCAUCUGCCAGGAAUGGACAUUCCCAACGCCGCAGCUGCAGUACAUCUACGACAACACGACUUCCCAGUCAAACUUGAGGAAGUUCAUUGUCUAUGAUGCUGCAAAGACCUUCAAAUGGGAAAACCUUGAUAGUGACCGCCAAAAGUAUCCUCAGGACUUUCUCGCGGAUGUCAUCCUCAAACUAUAUGGCACGAAGUCGGCGCCGGGAGGUAUGGGACGCGGAGCCUUUUCAAAGGAAACGAGACUUUGCGAAUUUCAUGACCAUACACACCCGACGAAGGAAUUACAACACCGACAGAGCGUCCAGAAGCCGUCCACUACGCAGGAGGUUACGGGAUCACGCUUGUGACGAGUUUGCUAUACUUGGGAAAAGGGCCAGCGGCUGGCUCCUAGCUAUGGUCGGUUAGGCCGAUGACGAACGAAGGUGCGGCUUGUUCACGGCCUUGGGUUUGCUCCGGUGGAAGCUUUCCUACUGGAUUUCUCUUGCAUGAAUUCGGCCUCUUACUGGGGUUAUGCGAGAAUUCACACUGCUCAGGGCAAAAAUUGGAUUCCAAAUCCCUCAAGGUCCAGGUCAUUUCAGAUAUUUUCACAUAGGGAUGGAAUCCACUUCACUCUGCCACAGAGAUGAAUUUAGCUAGGUGGAGGCACACGAUACAAUGAAAUGGC